AUACAUACCUACAUCCGCGCCGCCGACAGGCGCAGUCGUGACGUGACGUAAUUGUCCAUUCAUACUUUUUGUUCAUUAAUGAAAAGAACCUUUCAAAUAUUUUAUUGAUGGUACAUUAUUUACACAUGAUAUCCGAAUUAUUGUGUUUUAUUUAUAAUAAUGAAUAGUGUAGACUAUUGUUUUGUUUUAUUGUGAAUCAAGAUUGUGUGUUUGGAAUAAAAGUGCAUUCAUUCAUUUAUAGUAAAGUGCAUGUAUUGAGCACAUGCGCAUUGCAUUCGUGAAUUUGGUCGAUUAAGCGAGUGUUCUAUGUAUUGAGAACAUUACAAAAAUGUGGACACCAAUGGAUUUUGUGUAUAUUCUUACUGGAUCUCAACUUCUAAGUCAACUGGUUCAAAACAGGCUCAAGUAGAACAUUACGACACUCCGGAAGUGGCGGGACAAGCCAGCCGGCCGAGCUCGAUCCGAAAGAGAUAACAACGGAUGAAAGAGAUAAAUAGUAAUGGAUUUAACAUGGCGGACGAUACGCGUAAAGUGCGAGUCGAAGAAAGAUUAAAAAUAAAGAUCGGAGAAGCAAAAAAUCUACCAGGUCGCAGCCAUGGCACGGCAUGCCCUCGUCAUCCCGACAUCUACUGCGUGCUCUCGCUCGACCAGGAGGAAAUAUUCCGCACGUCCACCAUGGAGAGAACGCUUAAUCCAUUUUUCGGCGAAGAGUUCCAGUUUGAGGUGCCCCGAAGAUUUCGAUACCUGUCAAUAUACGUGUUUGACCGUGACAAACAUCUCAAACAGAACAAAGUGCUGGGAAAGGUUGCUAUCAAAAGAGAAGAUCUACACAGAUAUAACAAUAAAGAUCACUGGUUUGCACUACGGCCUGUCGAUGCAGACUCCGAAGUGCAGGGGAAAGCAUACAUUGAACUCUCCCUCGAAGAUUCGAGAAAACGGUUACGGGUGGAACCGAAACCCCCUGAUCCCGACCCAGCUGCCGACAACAGCUCGUCGAAGACCAAAGCAAAGAAUUUCGGCAGAAUAUCGGAAUAUUGUAAAGAGAGCAUGAGGUUCGGCUCUUGUUCGAGCUCGACAAGUAAAAAACUACUGAGUGCGGUAGAGACGGAACCUACUCUAACACUAUCUCGGUCGGAAAGUUUGAAAGAUCGAGCUCAAUGGGGCACGCGGACGAAGCCCCAUGUGCAUACGAUGUCGGAAUCUGACACUCCUACACCCACCGCCGUCGACUACUGGUCGGACCCAGAAAGACAUUGCGCAGCGCGCAUUGGACCUGACACAUUACGCCUCAGAGUACUGGAAUGCUCAGAGCUCACCACAAAGAAUGGACAGUGCGACCCAUUUGCUCUCGUCACGUUGUUAUACUCGAACGGACGAAGAGUAGAGAGGCGCACGAAACCUAGAAAAAAGACUGUUAACCCACAAUUUGAUGAAUUCUUCUGUUUUGAUCUCGUAAUAGAUUCCGACCCGAAAGACAAGGACGCCUCACAGUCGCCGGGUGUUGCAUGCGAAGCGAGAGUUUCCGUCUGGCAUGACUCAGCGACACCUGUCUUCCUCGGGGAAGUGCGAUUACAGUUGCGGCAACCUGCACCAUCGCCUUUGCGCGCUUGGUUCUUCCUGACGUCUCGCGCGGGCGGCGCCCUAUCGCGAGGCGCUACUCCACCGGGUACACGGCUGUCGGCGGCGGGCAGCGCCACGCUCGGCUCGCUGCGGCUACUGCUGCAGUAUACCGUCGACCACGUUUUCCCCCUAGACCACUAUAAGCAGCUCGAGGAGUUGUUCCUACGUAGCGUACAUCAAAAGCCCAUAGCAGCGUCCGCUGUUUACAUCCUAGGGGAGAUUGUGUCGAGUAAGACUGACGCGGCUCAGCCCCUAGUAAGGCUGUUCACACACCAUGAUCUCAUCGUGCCUAUAGUUAAGGAGCUCGCGGACGCGGAGAUAUCUGUUCUCACUGACGCGACGACGAUAUUCCGCGGCAACACGCUGGUGUCGAAGAUGAUGGACGAGGCGAUGCGGCUGAGCGGCGCGGCAUACCUGCGGUCGGUGCUGCGGCCCACGCUGGCGGCCGUGCUGGCCGAGCGCCGGCCCUGCGAGAUCGACCCCGCCCGGGUCAAGCCCUCCGCCGCCGUCACCGCCAACCUCGCCAAUCUCAAGGAGUAUGUUGAGAGGGUGUUCGGCGCAAUAACGUCGUCGUACGCGAUGUGUCCGACGGCCAUGUGCCGGCUGUUCGACGCGCUGCGGCAGUGCGCGGCGCGGCACUUCCCGCGGAACGCUGAGGUGCGCUACUCGGUCGUCUCGGGCUUCAUCUUCCUGAGGUUCUUCGCGCCCGCCAUCCUCGGGCCCAGGCUCUUCGAUCUCACCACCGAGCAAAUCGACCCCCAAACAAAUAGGACUCUAACGCUAAUUUCGAAGACGAUCCAGUCCCUGGGUAACUUGGUGAGCAGUCGCUCGGCGCAGCAGGUCUGCAAGGAGGAGUACAUGGCCGAACUGUACCGUAGCUUCUGCACGCCAAGACAUGUGCAAGCAAUCAGGCAGUUCCUCGAAAUAAUCUCCACCAGCACGGAUACACAAAACAACAACAUACAGGAAACGCCUGUCUUACUGAAAGAAGGGACGAUGAUAAAGCGGUCGGAGGGAGUGCGCGGGGCGGGCGCGGGCGGCGCGGCGGGCGCGGGCGGCGCGGGGGGCGGCUCGCCGCGCCGCCGCUGGACGCGCGCCGCGCACGCGCACGCCAAGCGCAGACACUUCCGCCUCACCAGUGGGGAGUUGACGUGGUCGCGGUGCGGCGCGAAGACGCCCGGCCACCGUCUGCCGCUGUCGGGCGUGCUGGCCGUCGCCGCCGUCGACUGCCCGCCCGCCGGCGCGCCGCUCGGAGCCAACAACAUCUUCCAGAUAGUGCAUCGCGAGCGCGUGCUGUUCGUGCAGGCGAGCAACUGUGUGGAGCGAGCGGAGUGGGUGCGGCUGCUGGCCGCGCUGUGUCGCCACUCACCCGCCGCUCCCGCGCACUCCGGCUACUACGCGGACGCGCGCUGGACCUGUUGCGGUCGUGAGGAGGCGGACGCGGAGGGUUGUGGCGGGUGCACGCAGUCGACGGAGGCCGGCGAGCGGGAGACGCGGCGCGGACCAGCAGCACUAGCGCUGCGGCUCGACCCCGCGCGCGACCUGCAGCGGCUGCACGCGCUGCUGGUCGCGCACGCGCCGCGCCUCGACGAGCGGCUGCACCGGCCGCGCCACCACCACGAAGGCACGAGUAUGGAGGAGCGUGAAGCAGAAGCGGCUACGCUGCGUGAAUUGCAGGAGGCCAUGUUUCACUUAGAGCACGGACACCGAACCUACCGAAGAUCACUAGCCAGGGAGACCAAGUAUGGCAGCAAGCAAGCGCCAAUAGGCGACGACAAUUACCUGCAUUUAGCCGGAGCCUCGGACAGCGUCGAUAGCCAGUUCCUUUGGCGGCCGUGGCGGAGCGAUAUUUCACCUACCGUAGAUUUGGACGGUACGACGAUACCUAUGCAGUCGUCCCUCGACAUCGGCUCCAGCACGGAAUCACUGAGACUAGCUCGGCACGGUGACGAGCGGUCGUCCGGGAAGUCCACCAAGUCCACCGGCAGCGGCUACCUCACCAUGUCCUGCCUGAAGCACGAGCCCUCCGAGGACAGCGACGGUUCCGCGGAGAAGCCCGCGCGGCCGCCGAAGCCGGCGCGCCUGUCGCCCGCGCGCGCGCCGCGCUGCGAGUACGUGCACGUGCAGCCGCGCGCGCGCCGCCCCGACCACUUCCGCUGCCAGGAGUACGAGCUCAUGACCGACUUCAGCACGCACGCCCGCCCCCACGACGACGCGCCGCCCGCCGUGCCGCCGCGCGGACACACGCCCGCCCGCGCCAGGCUGCACCCCAAGCCCGAGCUCGACCUCUCCAAGUCGGUAGACGACCGCUCCACCUCUUUGUACGGCGCGCUGUGCGGAUCUACGGGCAGCCUACCGAGCGACGAGAUGCACGACGAUGAAAACGAAUGUCUGCUCGAUAAGCGAGACGAACAUCGGUUGAGCAAAAUAGAUACGGUCUCGAACGACGACAGUCUACUCGACGAGCUUCAAAGAGAUACGUAUUGCGUUCUGAAAGUCUGCGAGGACGACCCUCCCGAGGAGGAACAGAAAAAAGAUGUCGUCAUGGAGUCGGCCGACAAAAAGGAGAAAGAAGACUUCGGCGUGUUUUCCAGAAUAAGCAUCCAGAGAAAGUCGAACCCGAAUAAAACUCAACCGAAUUCAAUAAAACCACUGAAGACGUCGAAUUCGACGUCGAACGUCCACGACGCCGGAUCGACGUCGUCGCGCCCUCUGUCGGAGCGUCUCACUCCGUUCUUUCUCAAAAAGAAACCGAAACCCCCGGACGAGUCUACGGCGGCCAGCAAGAGCGGGCGCAAGGAGGACAAUCUCAUCGGACGACUGACGCCACGCUUCGGGCAGUCUCGACUGUACGGACGCGGACAGUCGCUCGAGCUCGCGCCGCCCGAGAGCCGCACCAAGCGCAUCGAGCGGUCGGCCACCACCGUCAACAUCCCGCGAGAGUCGAGGCACAUGAACUCGUCCAUAGUGGCCAACCUCAAGUUUCUCAGCCUGCAUCGGUACGGUGCACAGGAAGACGUCCAGUGCCGGGCGUUCGUGCGCACGGACGCGGAGGGCGCGGGCGCGGCGGGCGCUGCGCCGGCGGCGGCGGCGAGGCCCGACGGCGCGGAGGGCGCGGCGACCUCGUCGGCCGGCGCCGAGCUGGAGGCUGCCUCGUGGCGGCGCGCGCACGCGCCCUCGCUGCUGGCCGCCGCCACCACCGACAUCCGCCUGUAG